CGCAUGUGAAUAGCUUCCUCCAUAUCUACUUCCGUGUCUGCCACCUUUGUUCGCUCUCCAAACACAAGCUCGUCUCAUCAACUCUGCUCUCCUCAGUUCAAAUCACUACCCUUCACAUUUUUCUAAACUACAAACACCUCAAAUCGCAAAAAUGGCCGGCGAAGCAAUGAACGAUGGAAAGUUUAAGCACAACCUCACUGAGGCACCCACAUAUACAUCCAAGGUGCUGCCCAUGUUUUCACUGAAAGGACGAACUGCCAUCGUAUCUGGUGCAGGCGCAGGUAUCGGACUCGCCGUUGCGCAUGCUCUCGCUGAAGCUGGAGCUAAUGUCGCUAUUUGGUACAAUAGCAACAAGAAGGCUAUUCAAGAGGCGGAGAAAAUUGAGAAGGAAUACGGUGUUACUUGCAAAGCAUACCAAGUGAAUGUUACCUCAUACGAAGCCGUGGAAGAGGCUGUCAACACCGCCGUAACUGAUCUCAAUGGUCGUCUCGAUAUCUUUAUCGCAAACUCUGGAAUUCCAUGGAUUCAGGGUCCUGCCCUUGACGGAGAAUUGGAUCAUUACAAGAAGGUUGUAACAACAGAUUUAGAUGGAACAUUCUACUGUGCUCGUGCUGCAGGCCAGCAUUGGCGCAGACAAAAGAAAGAGGGUACUACUAUUGACGGAAAGAAACUGGAAGGAUUCAAGUAUGGAAGCUUUGUGGCUACCGCAAGUAUGAGUGGGCACAUUGUCAACAUUCCCCAGUUGCAAGCUGCAUACAAUGCUGCAAAGGCCGGUGUCAUACAUUUAUGUAAAUCUCUCGCAGUAGAAUGGGUUGGAUUCGCGCGCUCCAAUACCGUCUCCCCUGGUUACAUUGCAACUGAGAUUUCUGAAUUUUGUCCACCUGAAACAAAGGCUACUUGGAAGGACAAGAUUCCCAUGGGUAGAGAAGGAGAGGCUCAUGAGUUGAAGGGUGCAUUCCUUUUCCUCGCCAGUGAUGCUUCAAGCUACUGCACUGGAACUGAUAUCAUUUGUGAUGGUGGUUAUUGCCUACCAUAAAGAAUUAUAUGCGAUGGAUGAUUGAUGAGGUGUUUGGGGUUUGGAAAUAUUGGGAUAGACUAGACACCGUUGUUGCGGUACGAAAUGUAUCUUUAUAUCUUUAGGAAAACAAUGAAAGCCUGUUUACUAUGGUUGGCUAUUGGAACUCUCCUCCAUCGCUUGUGUGUGAAAUUUGAAUGAUUUUGCGGCAA